AUGUCGUCUGAAUUGCAUUUGGCAGAAGAAAAUAAAUCAAAAAAGUCUAACAAUGAUUUGAAAAAUCCCGAGAAAAAGAUUGACACGAAAACAUUACACUCUAAGUAUUUGCAGGCAGUAUUAUAUACAAAAGAGGAUCCUGAACCUUUGUCUGGGUUUUUAGAAUACACCAAAAAAAGAGAAGACUAUGAUAAUAAUAUUGGAAAAGACGUUGAGCCAGGAGAUUCCGAUUCCACGGAGUCGGGUGAGACAGAAGUUUCUGCAUCUGAUGGAUCCGAAUUCGAAGAGAGUAUUGUAAAAUCUGAAGAUCAGAAUUGUAUAGAAGAACCUCCCGACCUGACACUGUUUAGAAAAUAUCAACAAUGGAAAUGUCUGCACUUCUGGUAUAAAUUUAUUUCAUGGAAUAAGUACUAUCACACGCGUCGAGAAUUACAAGUUCCACUGACUGUAUUCCUUCUGUGUACUCCACUACGGGAUACAUCGUUACAAAUAUCCGAAGUUGUUAAUGAUAUUAUGGAGAUAUGUUUGUAUGAUGGUUCUGUUGCCGAAGAAAAUACUCUACAGCAAUUUAAAGAACAGCAGGUUGGUAAGAGGGAAGCUCUGUGGCGCAAUCGAGGGUUAGAAUUUUUAUGCAAUGUCAUUUUUGCCGGUGGUUUAAAACAUAGCUCCAUACAAGUAGAAAACGUGAUGGAAAGCAUCAAAACAGCUAUUAAGACUUUGACAGAAUUUCGGUUGACAAUCAAAAAAUUGACGCUGGUUGCGUGCGAAGACGCACUGAAAGAAACUGGGUUCACCAUUAACGAUACAGAAUUUAAUAAUAACAAUAAGGACAGUUAUGAUUUAGACGUUAUACUAUAUAACAUGCCUUUCGGACGGCAGAGGUCGAAGCUGAAAGUUUGCAAAAGAAUAUGCCGUUUUAUCACGUGCAUUGAUUUCUUUUUACAAUCGAAUUUACACAAGUUCGUCCAAAAACAAAUCAUACGGUUUGAGGCAGAUGUGUACAAGCACUACAAGUACAUUCCUAGCGACGAUUUACUAACCGGAACUGACGUUGAAAUCGUACUGGAAGAUGAUAGGUCAAUGGAUGAUCCCAAGGUAUCGAACAGGCCCGGUCCUACUUCUUCUCCAUUGUUCAUAUUCGAGGUUUACUUAACGAAAUUGGGUAUCGAGUUCAAUUACUCCCUAAACGAUUACACCACAUACAUAUCGUUUUUAAUGGAAGACUGGAAAACUAUUAUAAUUACUCACUUCACUCCACUAUUGGAUGACGACGACUUCAACAGUUUUAUGCGGCCGUCGAUCCAUGGUAAAAUGGUCGAUCGACUGUGCGGUGAUGGACCACCGUUACAGUUUCUGUUCGAUAUCGAUGAAGAAUAUAAGGAUACUAUGGAAAAAAUAUUGAAUUAUAUCAGUAUAAACUUUGAAGCAGUUCGUAAGUACUUAAAACGAAUGGAAUACGUUUACAAUAUCUAUAGAGAAAAUGAAGACUUGGAUCGAGGGAUUAUCCAAAACGAAACCAACUUAACGAAUUUUCGAACAAUGUUAGAGAAAUACAGACAGCAACUAUACGAUGUGAAUAAAAUAAAUUCCAAUCAAAUGAUAGGCAUGUUUAAUUUAAAAUUUGAUUUAUUGAAAAAUAUUGCUAGACCUACCUGUAAUUUAUUAUUAGAACUAGUGGAGGAGACACUGGCCAAAGUGGGAAAAGAGUUGGUAAAUGAACUAUUGAUUGAAAUAAAAGAAUCCCUCGAAUACCUCUACACCACUCCUUCUAACGCCACACAAUAUGUAGAUUAUAAAAAGUUCUUACAAACAUAUUCUAAAAGGUUGGAAGAAUUAGAUGUCAAACUAAAUUAUACUAAGGAACUUUAUGAAUUAGCUGAAGAAUUUGAAAUACCUGUUUCUGAAGAGGAUAUUGAUAAUUAUGAUAGAUUCUCAGAACAGCUUACGACUUUACAAAUAGAAUUUGAAGACAUUUAUAAUGAUCAAGAUAAUCUUGUUGAUGAUUUCGUCAAUACAAUCGAUUCUCAAAUAAAAGACAUGCUUCGAGAAGAACCAUGGUUAAUCGAUAUUAAUUCAGAUGCGGAACAUGUAUUAGAUGAAUUAUCUUCACUUAGUGAACAAUUAGCAGAACGUCAAAUAGAAUCAAACAUGUAUAAGUCUUAUCAACGUUAUUUCCGCGUUGAGAUGACAAAGGUUGAUAUUUUGACCGAGGCAAGUGAAGCUGUGAGACUCAGAAUAUUGCUUAGGAAGAGUUUAGCCGAAUGGGAAGAAAAAAUGUCUGCUUGGGAAACAGACAAUUUUCAUAGUUUAGAUGUGGAACAAAUGAAUACGUUCUUAGCACUAAAUUUAAAAUAUGUUGUGCAAUUUUCAAAAAAUAUUCCUGAAUGCGAACUCAUAAAUCUUAUUGAUGAAAAAGUACAUUCUUUUAAGUCAAAAAUGUCGAUCAUAACAAUGUUGAGAAAUCCGAAUCUUAAAAACCAUCAUUGGAUAAAAGUUGAGCAGAUACUUGGGACGAAAUUCCCAAUCAACCAGACGCUUACUCUUAAAAUUCUUGAAGAAUUGGACGUGUUCAGUCACGGUCCUGAGAUAAUGGAAGUUUCUGGGCAGGCAAGUUCUGAAGCAACUUUAGAAGGAAUAUUAAAGAAAAUUGAAGAUUCUUGGAAAAUAGUAGAUUUAAUUAUACUUCCGUAUAAAAAUGCACAUGAUAUUUUUAUACUUGGGUCGUUGGAAGAAGUUCAGUUAACACUAGAAGAAGCGAAUAUAAAUUUAAAUACUCUCAUUUCAUCCAAACAUGUAGUAAUGAUAAGAUCAAGAGUUGAAGAAUGGAUAAAAUCUAUGAACAUUAUGAAUGACGUUCUAACGGAAUGGAUAAUGUGCCAGAAUAAUUGGAUUUACUUGGAAUCGAUAUUUUCUGCUCCUGACAUUCAAAGACAGCUUCCGAACGAAGCUGCAUUAUUUAGUCAAGUCAAUAGUUCUUGGAAGGCAAUAAUGUUAAAAGCUGAAAAAAAUCCUUUGGCUAUAAGCACAUGCACCGAUAUUGAUCUCCUAAAAGCUCUCAUAAAAAAUAACCAACAAUUAGAACAAAUCAUGUUAUAUUUAGAGGCAUAUUUAGAAUCAAAGAGAGUUAUAUUUCCAAGGUUUUAUUUCCUGUCAAAUGAUGAGCUCAUAGAAAUAAUUGCUCAAGCACGGAAUACUAGAGCUGUUCAGCCACACAUGAACAAAUGUUUCGACGCCAUUUGGAGAAUACAAUUUAAAAACGACGAUAAGGAAGGAAACCCAUUAACCCCAGAUAAAGAAGAUAGUUCACCUACCAAUAUUAUUUCUAUGAUAUCACCUGAAAGAGAAAUCGUGAAAUUCUCAUUACAAGUCAAAGCAACUGGAAACGUUGAAUUUUGGCUUACAAGAGUAGAAAAAGAGAUGGUAAAUACAUUGCGGACGUUCAUGUUCAUAGCCAUGGAAGAUUAUGACAAAAUUCCUAGAGAAAAAUGGGUUUUGUCACACGCUGCUCAGCUAAUAAUUGCAGUAUCACAGAUGAUGUGGUGUCGUGACGUUCAUAAGACCCUAAAGCUUGACUCUAAUAUACAAGAAAAAUUGGUUGAAUUUGAACAAAAAUGUUUUAAAUUAAGUAUCUCCGACUUGAAUAAUUUAGCGGCUAUGGUUCGAGGACGUUUAACUACACUUCAACGUUCUGUAAUCUGCGCAUUGAUUACGAUAGAUGUUCACGCGAGGGAUAUAAUAUCAACUAUGGUAGUCCGUAAAAUCAACAGUGAUUUAAAUUUUGAAUGGCUAAAACAGCUUCGCUAUUAUUGGGAUACUGUGGAUGGUUGUGUUGCGUACAUGGCCAAUGCUCGUUGGUUAUAUGCAUUUGAAUACCUGGGUGCAUCUCCUAGAUUAGUGAUUACGCCUUUAACUGACAAAUGUUACUUGUGCUUGAUGGGUGCACUCCAGUUAAAUUUAGGUGGUGCACCCGCUGGACCUGCGGGUACUGGAAAGACCGAAACAACCAAGGACCUUGCAAAAGCAUUAGCUACACAAUGUGUUGUAUUUAACUGUUCUGAUGGCUUAGAUUAUAAGAUGAUGGGUAAAUUCUUCUCCGGAUUAGCUCAAUCAGGAGCGUGGUGUUGUUUUGACGAAUUCAACCGCAUAGAAAUUGAAGUCUUAUCGGUUAUCGCGCAACAACUAAUCACCAUUAUGAAUGCAAAAUUGAUAAAUGCUACCAAGUUUAUGUUUGAAGGUCGUGAGAUUAAACUUGUGAAAACUUGUGCAGCAUUCAUAACAAUGAAUCCAGGAUAUGCCGGAAGAAGUGAAUUACCAGAUAAUUUACAAGCUUUAUUUAGACCAAUGGCAAUGAUGGUACCAGACUAUGGACUAAUUGCUGAGGUUAUAUUGUAUUCUGAGGGUUUUGAGUCAUCGAAAAUGCUGUCUCAAAAAAUGGUAAAAAUGUAUAAAUUGUGUAGUGAACAGCUUUCUAUUCAGGAUCAUUAUGACUUUGGAAUGAGGGCUGUAAAAAGCGUUCUGGUUAUGGCAGGUUCAUUAAAACGACAAAAUCCUUUCAUCAACGAAGAUUUAGUAUUAAUUAGAGCUCUGAGAGAUAGUAAUUUGCCGAAAUUCCUAAAAGAUGACGCGAUACUAUUCCAGGGUAUAUUAAACGAUCUCUUUCCUGGAAUUGUCUUACCAGAACAAGAUUAUGGAAUGUUCCUAUCCACGACCAAAAGUAUGAUGGAAAAUUAUGGCUAUCAAAUUGAAGAGUGUAUUUAUGUAAAAGUUAUACAGCUAUUAGAGACAAUAAUUGUACGACAUGGUAUCAUGACUGUUGGUCCUACUGGUGGUGGAAAGACCACCGUAUUAAAAAUACUCAGUAAAACAUUAACAGAACUUUACAAUAAUAAAGUUGAAGACCAAUAUUAUAGACCCGUAAAAAUAUACCAACUAAAUCCAAAAGCCAUAACUAUGAGCGAACUUUACGGUGAAGUAAAUCUUCUUACAAUGGAAUGGAGGGAUGGAUUACUCGGAAAGUUUGUAAGAGAAACAGUUCAGACAACAAAAGAAAUAUUUCAAUGGGUGGUGUGUGACGGCCCUGUGGAUGCAAUAUGGAUCGAGAACCUUAAUACUGUACUUGACGAUAACAAGAUCUUAUGUCUAGCCAAUUCGGAGCGCAUCAAAUUGAGCUCUUGGGUUAGAAUGAUUUUUGAAGUUGGUGACUUGUCACAAGCGUCACCCGCCACAGUUAGUAGAUGUGGAAUGGUUUACGUAGACGCAGCUGAACUAGGAUGGUUACCAUACGUACGAUCGUGGAUAAAUAGAUUAGCAAAUGAAGCAAUUCAAAAUAGCACAGAAAUAAAAAAAUAUCUGUUGACACUAUUCGAAACCUAUGUCUACGAAGGUUUUUCAUUUAUUAAGAAGCAUUGUUUGGCUCCAAUUAAACAGGUUGAAAUUAGUAAAGUGACUAUGAUGUGUACUGUUAUUGAAUCUCUAUUCACCGACCCUGAUAGUUUUGAUGCAGAAACAGAACAUUCAAAAAUCCUAAAUUAUAUUUGCCAAUCAUUUAUAUUUUCAUAUUUGUGGUCAUUGGGAUCAAAUUUAGACGAUUCUUCUCAAAAUAAAUUCGAAAAUUUAGUUUUCAAUCAGUUUGAAAAUCAUUCCGAAUUUCCAAUUUCACCUGGAGUUAAAUUAUUUGAUGUAUAUUUAAACACGAUAACUAAAUCAUUUGAAAAAUGGGAUUCAAUAGUUCCAAAAUUUAUUUAUAAUGCAGAUACACCUUAUUUUGAGUUACUAGUACCUACAGUAGAUAGCAUUCGAUAUGCAUAUGUAAUGCAAAGGCUUGUGCAAAUGAACCAACCAGUAAUGCUAACUGGGACAACAGGGGUGGGAAAAACUUCAGUUGCAAAUUUAGUCAUGCAAAACUUGGCAACCACAAAUGAUUGGAUAACCGGAAUAAUAAAUUUUUCUGCCCAAACUAGUAGUAAUAGGACUCAAGAAAUAUUAGAAUCAAAAUUAGUAAAGAAAAAGCGAAAUCGUUUUGGUGCACCAGGAACUAAACGUUUAGCGAUUUUUAUUGACGAUGUCAAUAUGCCAAAGCCUGAAGUCUAUGGAGCUCAACCACCAAUUGAAUUACUAAGACAACUUUUGGAUUGUGGGGGCAUGUACGAUCGAGAGAAGUUGGAUUGGAAAUAUAUAGAAAAUGUAAUAUUAUGUACUAUUUGUGCACCUCCGGGUGGAGGUAGAAAUCCAUUAACUCCGAGAUUCACAAGACAUUUUUCCAUGAUGUUCAUACCAACUACUAGCGAAAGUGCUAUGAGAACUAUAUUUUCCUCCAUUUUGGACGGUUUUUUCGAAGAAUUCCCACCAAUUAUAUCUAAUUCGUGUCCAGAAAUUGUAGAAGCUAGUAUCGAUGUAUACUUACGUAUUUCAGAAGAUUUAUUACCUACUCCAGCAAAGUCACAUUAUGUAUUUAAUCUCAGAGAUUUGUCAAAGACCAUACAAGGAGUAUUGCAAGCAGAUUUCAUCACAAUACCCGAUCGAAAACAUUUAUUCAGACUAUGGUAUCACGAAACACUGCGGGUGUACCAUGAUCGUUUAGUUUGUCAAGAAGAUAGAUCAUAUUUUCAUAAUCUUCUUCAAACUGCGUGCCAACGUUAUUUCGAAACAAAAGUGUUAGAAUUUUCUAAAUCAGACACAAAUCUAACACGGCCUCCUAUGUUAUUAUUCGGCGAUUUCAUGAAUCCAAGUUCCAAUGAGAAUCGAAUUUACGAAGAAAUAACCGAUAUUGAUAAAUUAAAAAAAGUGUUGACUGAAAAUUUAAUGGAUUUUAAUAUGGUAUAUAAUAAAGACAUAAACAUCAUAUUUUUUAUGGAUGCAAUCGAGCACAUAACUCGUAUAGCAAGAAUAUUGAGAUCUGAAAGAGGAAAUGCUUUACUUGUUGGAGUCAGUGGUAUGGGCAAACAAUCACUGACUAGACUGGCAUCACAUAUUAAUGAUUACAAAUGUUUUCAAAUAGAGUUAACAAAAUCGUAUGAUUAUGCUACUUUUCACGAAGAUUUAGUUAAUCUUUAUUAUAAAACUGGUGCAAAAUUUGAAGACACAACGUUUUUAUUCACAGACAAUCAAAUUGUACAAGAAGUAUUUUUGGAAGAUAUAAACAAUAUUUUAAACUCUGGGGAAGUACCAAAUCUAUUUAAACAUGAUGACCUGGAGAAAGUCAUUAUUGCUUGUCGACCAGCAGCUGUAGAAUUAGGAAUCAGUAGUGAGAACCGGGAUGCAAUAUUCAGAUACUUUAUUCAGAGAGUACGCUCUAAACUUCAUCUCGUAAUAUCUAUGAGCCCGAUUGGUGAUGCGUUUAGGCGAAGAUGCCGUUUGUUUCCUUCAUUAGUUAACAACUCAACGAUAGAUUGGUUUGAUGACUGGCCGAAAGAAGCUCUUUUAUCCGUAGCAUAUAAUAGCUUGGGAAUGUUUUCACAAACAGGAAAUUUAGACUUGAUUAACAAUCUAACAAGCAUUUGUAAUAGUAUGCACGAAUCAGUUAGCGAAGCGACAAAAAAAUUUUACGACCAAAUGAGAAGACACUACUAUGUAACACCGAAGAGUUACUUAGAGUUUUUGAAACUAUACUUAAAAAUGCAUGCAUUUCAAACCAAUAAGAUCAAAAGUGAAUCCGAUCGUAUUUCAAAAGGUUUGGGGAAAUUAUAUGAAACUUUCAAUAUGGUAGGAGAGAUGAAAAAUAGAUUAAAAGCAAUGGAACCAGUACUAUUGGAGAAAAACGAAGCUUCAUUGAAACUAAUGGAAAAUUUAACGGUUGAAAAAGCAGGGGUAGAUACUGUGCGAGAAGUAGUACUUGUGGAAGAAUCGGCAGCAAAAAUAAAAGCUGAUGCUGCACAGGCAAUUGCUGAAGAUGCACAGAAAGAUUUAGACUUAGCAAUGCCGGCAAUGAUAGCAGCGAAAACAGCUUUAGAGGCCCUAAACAAAAAAGAUAUAAAUGAACUAAGAGUGUUUAAUAAGCCUCCAAAACUUGUUCAUACUGUUAUGGAAGCUGUAUGUCUAUUGUUGGGAAAAAAAACUGAUUGGACUUCAGCUAAACUAGUCUUAGGGGAUAGUAAUUUCCUAAAGACUCUACAAGAAUAUGAUACGGAUAACAUAUCAGACAAAAUGAUUAGUCAACUUAAGCCUUACAUAGACAAUCCAGAAUUCGUUCCAAAAAAAGUAGCAUAUCAAUCCGGAGUAGCCAAAUCAAUGUGUAUGUGGGUUCGAGCUGUUUAUAGUUAUUCUCUUAUAUUUCGAAUAGUUGAACCAAAAAGAAAGAAACAACAAGAAGCUGAAGAUGAACUUAAUAUUGUAUUAACAGAACUAAGAGCGAAGCAAAAAAUGUUAGCUGACGUCGAAGCACGCCUAAAGAAACUAGAAGAUACUUAUGACCAGAGUGUUGCGGAGAAAAACAAACUUGAAUUAAACAUAAGUAUAACACAAUCGCGAUUAAACAGAUCCGAUUUACUUGUUGAAGCUUUAAGUGACGAACAGUUAAGAUGGGAAAAUAAUAUAAAAAUGCUUUCUGAGCGUUUAUUGACAGUGACCGGUGACACUAUAAUAGCAGCCGGGAGUGUUAACUAUUUGGGUCCUUUCACAGACGAGUAUCGUAAAGAUAUAACUUAUUUUUGGCUUCAACUGUUGGCACAAUAUGAAAUAAAACAUUCAGCAAAUUACACAUUGAGCUCUGUACUAAUCGAUUCAUUUGAGUUACGCUCGUGGAAUAUGUGUGGCCUCCCAAGGGAUUCGGUGUCAACGGACAGUGCGAUAAUCGUCACCAGAGCAAGCCGAUGGCCACUGAUGAUAGAUCCCCAAGAACAGGCUAACAAAUGGAUCAAGGCCUUGGAAUUGGACAAUUCGCUGAAAACAUGUAAGGGUACGGAUUCAGACGUCAUGAACGUAAUCGUUGAUGCGGUAAGACUGGGGUACUCGGUUUUGAUCGAAGGUCUCGAAGAACACAUUGAUCCCACAUUAAGACCCGUAUUGGAGAAUAUAACAUUUUCACGCGGUGGACGGAUGUUAAUGCGCAUUGGUAAUACUGACAUUGAAUAUGACGAUCAGUUCAGAUUCUACAUGACAACCAAAAUGUCUAAUCCACAUUAUUUACCAGACGUAUGUAUACAAGUUACACUGGUAAAUUUCACUGUAACACCUUCGGGCUUAGAAGAUCAAUUAUUAGUAGACGUUGUGCGAUUAGAAAUGCCCGAUUUAGAAGCAAAGCGGACUGAAACAAUUGUGAGUAUAAACGAUGACAAUAAUUUAUUAAAAGAAAUGGAAGAUAAAACGUUGAGAAUGCUCAAUAUGUCAAAAGGAAAUAUACUGGACGAUGAAGAACUCAUUGAAACACUUAAUAAUAGCAAAGAGACGUCUAUUAUCAUCGCUGGACGUUUAAUAGACGCAGAAGAAACGGAACAAUACAUCGGUGUCGCACGUGAGCGUUAUCGAGUGGUUGCUAAUCGAGGAUCAUGCCUUUAUUUUGUAGUAGCUCAGCUUUCCGAAAUUGACACCAUGUAUCAAUUUUCAUUAAAUUAUUUCAGUUCCAUAUUUUGCAAUGUGAUAAAAAACACUGACAAAAAAAUGAGAAUAGAUAUUAAAAUGCCCACCAUGAUCGAAGAUAUUACCCGGGCGGUUUAUACUAAUGUUUCUAGAGGCCUGUUUGAACGCCAUAAAUCAAUAUUUAGUUUCUUGGUCAGCGUCAGCAUAAAUUUGCAAUCGGGAAAAAUCACAAAUGAUCAAUGGAACUUUUUGUUGCGUGGGCCCAUAGGAAAAGUAAAAAGGAAAAUGUCGAUUAAGCCAGCGGUGUUUGGGUUGACAGAAGACAUUUGGAAAACUGUAAACUAUAUGUCUGAAACAUUUUCCACAUUUAAACAUCUUCCUGAAAACUGCACUGGACCAAUACAAAUCUCACUAGGCGAAUUUACUCAAGAUAUUCAUUUAGAUCACGAAAACAAUAAUGCAGUAAACUGGAAUACAAAAUUAAAUUCAUUUGAAAAGCUUAUGAUUAUUAAAGCAUUCAAAGAAGAAAAAUUGAUAUUCGCAAUUACUAAUUACAUUCGCACUGAACUUGGGAAAACAUUCAUUGAAAGUCCAGGAGUUUCGCUUCCCAUAUUAUACAAUGACACGUCUCCAACAAUACCAUUGAUUUUCAUUCUUAGUCCUGGUUCAGAUCCAUUCGUAUCGUUCCAAAAGUUUGCAACGGAAUUCGGAAUGAUAGAUAAAUUACGUGCAAUUUCUUUGGGUCAGGGUCAAGGACCUAUUGCAGAAAAACUUAUAAAAAAUGGCCAAAAAGAAGGCAACUGGGUAUUUUUGCAAAACUGUCAUUUAGCUUCAUCGUGGAUGCUUCAUAUGGAAAAUUUAGUGCAAAAUCUAAUCGAAAAUCCAACAAAUAUUAAACCUGAGUUUAGGCUGUUUUUUAGUUCGAUGCCAUCAAAAAGUUUUCCUACGUUCGUCCUACAAAAUUCAUUAAAAGUUACAAACGAACCACCUAAAGGCUUAAGGGCAAAUAUGAAGAGAUCGUUUACAGACAUAAACAGCGAUUUCUUUGAAAACAAUGCAUUCAACUCUAACUGGAGAAAAAUGGUAUUUGGGCUGUGUUUUUUCCACGCUAUCAUAUUAGAAAGAAAGAAAUUUGGGUCUCUUGGAUGGAACAUAGCAUACUCGUUUACUGACAGUGACCGUGAAUGCGCUUUACUAUUGUUGCAUAUGUAUUGCUUAACUGCAAAAGAAAUACCUUGGGACGCUUUACAGUAUGUUACUGGUGAGAUAAAUUACGGAGGCAGAGUUACCGACUCAUGGGAUCAAAUAACAUUGAAAACGGUGCUUUUGAAUUUCUUCGGUCCUCACACCCUCGAACCGGACUAUAAAUACUCCAAGUCUGGUACUUACUAUUGUCCAGAAAGGGCGAAAUGCACCACAGUUGAUGAAUAUCAGCUAUUUAUUGAUAAACUACCUAUAAUUGAAGAACCGGAAAUAUUCGGAAUGCACGAAAAUGCGAACAUCGCGUAUCAAACAAAAGAAACACAGGAGACAUUAUUAACAAUCAUUGAAGCAUAUCCUAAAUCACUAACAAGCACUGCUGGUAAAUCAGACGAUGAAAUCGUUAUGGAAAUGGCCAUUGAUAUUUCCGAAAGACUCGUGGAGGUCAUAGACUUCAGUGAAGCUCAUUUCACAAUAAUGAAUGCAGACGAUAAAGGAAGAUUGCCUUCAUUAUCUACAGUACUAUCACAGGAGAUCGAACGAUUUAAUCAACUGCUUGACAUCAUUCAUAAUUCGUUAAAUGACUUACGUAAGGCGAUUAAGGGGCUCGUGGUCAUGUCUGCAGAUUUGGAAGGAGUAUAUGUAUCAUUCAUGAACAACAUGGUACCGAAAAUGUGGCUGAACAAAGCAUACCCCUCGUUGAAAGCUUUGGGUAGUUGGGUUAAGGACUUGGCACUUAGACUAGAUUUUAUCACCUUUUGGAUGAAGUUUGGUAGUCCUCCUUCGUACUGGAUAUCAGGUUUGUAUUUUCCCCAAGGUUUCAUGACUGGGUGUCUACAGAGGCAUGCUAGAAAAUAUGCCAUACCCAUUGACAGUUUGAAAGUUGAUUUUGAGCUUACCCAAACCAUUCUGGUGCAAGAAGAAAUUGCCGCUGUGCACGCGGCCACCGCGAAAGAAGACAACAACGCUUACAAAGGCCUAACGAAACUGGAGGACGGCGUUUAUGUGCACGGCCUGUAUCUUGAUGCCGGACGCAUCGACUCCACCACCGGCCUUCUGGUCGAUCCCACGCCCGGUGACCUAUAUCCUUCACUGCCCGCUAUACGACUAGUCCCGACUGUCAAUUUGGACGAACAGAGUUUGAGGUACAAUUGCCCUCUGUAUAAAACUUCAGCCAGAGCUGGAGUUCUUUCGACCACCGGACAUAGUACUAAUUUUGUAAUUGCCGUAUUGUUGCCGACCGAAUUUCCUCAGAGCUAUUGGACUCUCAAAGGCACCGCUCUUCUCACACAAUUAACAAAUUGAUUGGUGUCAUAGUAUAAUAUUAUAGUGUAUUCAUAUUGCGUUCGUUUACUUUAAACGCGUAAAAAAUUAUAUAUAUAUUAUCAUUUUGUUUUUGCUUUAUUAUCUUAUUAUAAAUUAUUUAUAUUGUAUUAUAAUAAUCGA